AUGCCGCUAGACACAAUAUACCUGACUCGGCACGGGCAUCGUCUCAACUGGACGAUUGACCACCGCACCGGCGUCUACAAAGCACAGUUUCCAACGCCGACAGGAAACCCCGCCGAUCCAGCAUUGACCUCGCAUGGUGUUCGACAAUCGGAGGAGCUGGCGGCACACAUCAUCGCCCCGGACUUUCACCCUAAGCCGUUCAGGAUUUAUUCAAGUCCGUUUUACCGAUGUCUGCAGACCAUCCAGCCCUCCGUGGAGGAGCUGAAGCAGAAGCAUAAGGGAAUUAAAUCCCAGGACGGAAAAUCCGCGAUUCAAUCGCGUGGUCAAAUUGAACCAAGCGCAGAUAUGGACGUCCGGCUUGAAAAUGGACUAGGAGAAUGGUUCGGCCCAACGACGUUCUUCGAUCACCCACCGCAUCCUGAACCAAGUGUCAUGCGCACCCAUUUCCCAACAAUGCUACACGAAACUCCAGAGAAUAAGUACUCGCCUCUGAUCCACCCAUCGACAAGAGGCGAAACAAUCGCUCAAUUGCACAACCGUGUCGCCGCAGCCCUGGAGGGCAUAAUCGCCGACGUGGAUGCCGAGAUCACGGCCGUGGAGGCAAGUCAAUCUCCUGAGCAAAGAACCAGCAAGGCCAUUUUGAUUUGUGCGCAUGCAGCUUCGCUUAUUGCCAUGGGUCGGGCUUUGACAGGAAAUAUGCCGGAGGAUAGUUCUGUCGAGGACUUCUAUGUUUUCACGGCUGGGAUGAGUACAUUCCGUCGACGAGGCGUGUCUACCGGUGGGAAUUUGAGGGUUGAAGGGGGGGUGUUGGCCGAGGGAACGAAGUUGUAUCGUUCGAAGGGUGUGCCGGAGUGGGAGAAUGGAAAGGGUGUUGGAGGUGGAUGGGACUGUGCGUUGAAUGGAGACUGCAGUUUCCUGAGUGGAGGUGCGGAGAGAGGAUGGCACUUCAACGGGGAGGAGGGAUUUGAUACAAACUCUAUGACACCUGCGGACCCACCCAUUGGCACGACAAAGUUAUGA